AUGCUCCUCUCCCGCCUGGCGGGGUCCAGAGUGGCCUCCACUGCCAAGGACUCUCCAUCCCUGAGCGGUGGAACUCCCGGGUCGGUUGACGUUGCACCUCCGUCGCUCCGCACCAAGCCUCACCGGCCGGGGCAGUCAACCCCAGCGCCGCCGCAGCCGGACACGCUGCGCCCUCAGGCCGUCAGCUUACCGAUCUUCGGCGUCCCUCCUCCUGCUGCCUUCUCGCGGAGCUGUGCUCUGCUGCACCCGGCCCGGUCCACUCUGUCCCACCCUCGACGAAGCAACAAUGCCACUGGCUGCACGGCCCAAGACAAAGCAUCUGAGUCACAUCAACUCAGUCCUGCCCCAGUCCCUCAAAAGAGGCAGGCACCAGGGAGGCCGGCCCCACCCCACCAACACACUGGACAAGCCCCACCACGCCAACACACUGAACAAGCCCCACCCCGCCAACAGACUGGACAAGCCCCACCCCACCAACACACUGGACAAGUGGAUGUAGAUGGCAAAGCUCCUCACAAGUUGAAACAGGAUUAUCAGCCACAUCCAUGGGAACCAUCAAUUACUAAAGAUUUACCCUCUCCUCAUACACUUAAGUUAUCUUUAGUGAAACCAGACACUGUGUGCGUAACCUGGAAACACAAUGAAGAAGUGACUGAUGAUACAAAAUUCAGAAUCACCUGGACAAGUAAAAGUAAUAACCAGGAAUACCAUGAGGUGCAAGUUCCAAAAGUAACUAUUAAGGAUCUUGUAGCAACAGUGGAGUAUGAAUUUAAAGUUGCCUAUCUGAGUGCUGACAGAAGACGGUGCAGUCCAUAUGUGUCUAAAACUAUAUCAACAGGUGUCCCAGCACCUGAAAAGUUAUUGGUGGAUUCAGUGACUGCUACAUCUGCUAAUGUUAGCUGGAGUCUGGCUGACAAAAUGAGGCAAAGACCACACCGAUUUCUCAUCUAUUAUUGGAGUGAAGACGAUGAUCCAGAGGCCAUCUCUACAGAAUCAUACACCACAGACAUCACAGGCUUGACUCCAGAAACUGAAUACCAUCUCAGUAUAUCCACAGUGCUUCAUGGAGAACCAAGCAAGGCUGUUGAAACUCAUUUUUUCACAGAUGAUGUUAGUAACAGUCAACUGACGGGAGCAUUACCAGAGAGCAAGCAAACUACUCUCUCUAGAGUGUGGACAUUUUACACUGUGGCUCCUGGAAAGGCACAGAAUAUCGUUCAGCAUAUCAGCAAGUGGCUGAAAGAGAGACAUAUGAAAGAAGAAGAGUCGCCUGAGGAAUGUGACUUCAUCCUGGCUGUCUGUCCAAUUGUAUCAGACUUGCCACAGACUUUGAGGCAAUUCUGAAAAUGAUUCCUGGCUCCCAUCCUGCCAUCCUGGUGGUGGUACACCACACCUUUAGACCAGAUUAUGUGGUUCCUGACAGCAAAAAGCUUCUCGGCAGAAGUGACAUUCUACUGGUGGACCUCCUUUUUGAUGAGGACCAGGGAUUUCUGCACUGUAGUCGGAACAACAUAGCAUUCGACACAAUGAUGAAAUGGAUAAGGGACAAUAUAUAC